AUGGUGUUAACCACCAUACUGUUGUUAGCAGUUCUAUUCAUUGCUGGCCUCAUUAACAUAGUCUUUUAUUUGCCCACCAACAAGUUCCUUGCAUGGUUUCAAUCUCUGUUCCAAGCCAACUCAUCCACUGCUGCAACUCCAGUGGCUCCACCUACCAAAAGCAAAGAUAAUAUUAGCAGCAACAGAGCGGAGGAUGCAGAGCUCAAGCAAGUAUUUGCCACCUUCGACAAGAACAGUGAUGGCUUUAUCACAAAGCAAGAGCUCAAGGAGUCGUUGAAGAACAUCAGAAUCUUCAUGAGCGAUGCAGAGGUGGAAGAAAUGGUGAAGAAAGUGGAUGCUAAUGGAGAUGGGUUGAUUGAAUUUGAUGAGUUCUGCAUGCUGUGCGAGUCAAUGCACCGUCGAGAUCAGGGAGUGGGCGGUGAAGAUGGGAACGGGUUAAGCAGAGAGGAGGAACUGAAGGAGGCCUUUGAUGUGUUUGAUAAGGAUAAAGAUGGGCUGAUUUCAGUUGAGGAGUUGGGGGUGGUGUUGUGUUCUUUGGGUUUGAGAGAGGGAACUAAGGUGGAGGAUUGCAAGGAGAUGGUUAAGAAGGUUGACAGGGAUGGGGAUGGUAUGGUUAAUUUUGAUGAGUUCAAGAGGAUGAUGAAAGGUGGAGCUGGAGGAAGACUUCUACUAGCCCAUUAA